UAACUCGUUCACGUCGUUGGUUGUCGGUCGGCUGUCGCUUGUGCUUUUUGUAUGUGGUGUUCCACGCAGCCGCGCAUCGUCGCUAUAAGAAGGUGGUUCGCUCGGUCCCACAUUGGGACAUUGGGAGAUAAUAUAGGAAUAACAGAGCAACCCAAAUGAAAUUCUGACACGAUUUCGUGCAGAUCUCCAGAGCUGCAAAACUGCCAUGUUGUGUGUGUGUGAAUAAAAAGUGCAUUAAAUAGCAAUAACAAAAGGCGAAGCCAGAAAGAUUGUGUGAGAGCCGAGCCGCACGAAGAAAGAGAGAAGCGAAAAAAGGCGGAGAGGGAGAAGUGCAGAAGCAGAAAUUGAAAAUACAUAAACAAAAAGAAAUUGCAUAAGUUUGCUUUUUGGCGUGCGCUUUGCUCAUCUUCUGCUGCAAUAUUGUAUUUCUUUUUAUGUGCAAAGCCGCCAAACAUUUAUGCAACGCCAGCAGAAACAAUAUCAUCGGGAAAGGAAUCAACUUGUGUCACAGUUUAAAGUGCUCGGGCGAGCCAGGGCUGGGACUCUGAGAGGCAGCCACAGCCACAGCUACAGCCAUGCCCAUCUGCAAGAGUUCGGGGGCGACGGCUAGCAAGAAGGCCCCCACAGACAUAUCCGCCGACCAUGUGACGGAGGCGGCCCAGGUGAAGCGCACCCGGGAGCAGGCAUACUUCAACUCCUACGACUUUGAUGCAAUCGAGGUGCUGCCCUACGACGAGGACGAUGGCGAGACGGCUGGCAGGAGUAGGAGCAGAAGCAGCAGCAGCAGCGGCCGCUACUCGGUGCCACAUGAUCCCCUUGGAGCAACCAAGUUUGCCUAUCUGCACCGCCUGGGGGCAUUCUUUGGACGGCCCGGCGCUGCAGCGACAGUCGCAGGAGCAGCUGGAGCAGUAGCCGAGGGAACGACUGCAGCUUCUGGCGGAGUUGCCGCCGGAUUAGUGGCAUCCGCUAGCAACGAGAAUUUUCUCCUGCCGCGCGCCAUGCUCAAGUACCAGAGUGCGGCGACAACUUCAAUGCCAUUGACGACGCUCUCGAAGAAUGGGAUUGGGAAUGGGAGUGGGAAUGGGAAUGGCAGCGGAAUGGCCCAUGGAAUGGGAAAAGGAAUCGGCCACGACAAGUCCCAUGACAUGGCAGUGUCCGCGGCGGGAGUGGAGCGUAGCAAGAAGUGCUCGAUUGCCUCCAAUGUCAGCAGCACGCAUUCCACGGCCUCUGGACUCCCAGCCUCUGCAGCAGCAGCUGCAGCGGGGGCAACAUCAGCGACAUCUGCAAAAUCCACAGCAGCCAAAGCACCAGCCACAGCUGUUGGGAGUGGAGUCGGAGCCGGAGGAGGAGGAGGCGGCGGUGGCUCACAUUAUUCGACGGACAAAAGCGGCUCAUCCGGUUAUUACAGCUCCAAUGUGUGCUCCACUUACUCGCUGGACGAGCACAUCUAUUGCGAACCGGUCAUAGACAUCCUAGACGCCGCCGGAGAGGAGCAGGAGAAGAUCAAGUCUGUGGCCGCCAGGCAGCGGCUGCGGCCGCAGCUCCAGCUGCCGAGGAAAGUGGCCGCCAAAGAAACAGCAGCAGCCCCAUUGUCACUGCCACUGCCACCAGUUGCUGCUGCUGCCACUGCAGCAUUGGAUAAGCUGUCCACAGUGGAGAGUCAGCGCUUGGACAUGCAAGAUGCAGCCACCGGAGCUGCCAUCGAAGAGUUUCAUUCAGGCAACGGAGUCAACGACCUGGAGGCGACGGAGGAGGAGGGACACACGCUGGAGCAUAUGCUGCCGCAGUAUAGCGAUAAGUUGCGUAUCCUGGAGACGAGCAUCGAGAACCUGGAUCGCCACCUGAAGACCUUUCCCCGCCUGUUCGCCCAGGAGCAGAUUGUGUCCUUCAUGCAGGCGACCGAUGCCCCACCCCUGGCUCUGCCACCACUCCCAAUGGACAUUAGCGAAAAGCUGAGGGUCUACAACCAGCUGCCGACCAUCAUGGAGCAGCAGCAGCAGCAACUGGUGGACGACUCUCUGCUGGACAUCGAUCUGGAUGCCUUUCUGCUCGAUCCGAAGCCCCAGUCGCAGUCCCAAUCCCAAUCCAAGGCCAAGACCAAGUCGGGUAGGGGAAUCGACAAUCCGAGCUUCCUCAGCGACGAGCAGCUGGAGGAGAACAACUACAAGUGUGCCAAAUACAUCAACUCCUGCCCGGAGGACGCGUACCGCGUGGAGAGCGAGGCAGCGGCUGGCCACGCCCCCGCCAUCGAGGAGCGGUUUGUGAAGCGCUACGAGGAUCAGCUCCAUUUCCAGAGCACCCGUGAACUCCUCGAAGACGUUCGCGACAAGAUACGCCUCCUGUCCCGGGCCACGCCCUCGCCCACGGCCACGCCUGCACCCACCCGCACACCCCCGCCGGACAUACCCAAGGAGCUGGAGGGCAUGAUCCACACGCUGAAGCAGGAGCUGGAGUCCUACCUGCAGCGCAUGAACCAGCACAGCGAGCAGGAUCUGCGCCAGCUGUGCAGCGGCCUGGGCCGGCAGCAGCACGUCGUCCGCCUACAGAACGCCCUGGAGCGGAGGCGCAGCUGCGCGGACCUGCUGCACCUGAACACCUACGAGGCCGUGCACGACGGGGUCCUGCUCUCGACCAGCGGCCGGCCGCUCAGCGUCCGCGAGCAGAUCAUGACCAUCCGCUGUGCCAGCGACCCCAACUUCAAAAUGAAGCGAAAGUCCAUCACCGAGAUCUUCCCCGCAGCCGAGUGCUACAUCGAGACCGCAUCCCUCUCUCGCAGUGCCACGCCCACGCCCGCCUCGACGCCGCAGCUGGAGCUGGAGGCCCUGCAUCCCCCGUCGCUGCCAGGCACCAUGGUGGUUACCCAGAUGCAGCGCAAUCUGACCUUCCAUAAGCCCAUCCUAUCCGGAGCCGGCUCCAGCAGAGGUGCCAGUCAGGAGGAGGCCCUGGGAGGUGGCUCUGGCGCCGGCAAGGGCGAGCGGGACAGUUUCGCCGAGUGGCACCGCAAGAAGCCGAGCAUCUGGGAGAUGUACUAUGGCACCAACCGCCUGCAUCAGUCGCUGCUCGGCAAACAGCGGAGCGGCAGCGAACUAGUCAUCAGCAGUCCCCAGCCCACGCUGUCCUACCCAUCCUCACGACCCGAAUCGGACUUUACGCUCGAUCUGCCGCGCGCUGAGCAACUGCGAUUGAAAAUGGAAAAGGAGAAGAAAUUCCGCCAAAGAUGUCGCUUCAUCACCACAUUUUUAAGUCUGGUCUUCUUUUUUUUGACCGUUAUGGUAGUCAGCUUGGUGUUGACCCGCGGCAAACGCAUGUUCGGUAGCAUGAUCUAAAGAUGAUGUACAUAUGUAUAUUGUAAACGAACUAAUUACAGUGCCAACAAAAAACAAAAACAAAUGUAACAAAUGUUAGCGAAACUCAAAUUUAAUGUUAGUAAUAAGCUUCCUUCCUCGUCUGGCCAGGACAGCCGCAGUAUUGUUAAUAAAUUAUUUAUGUGAUCUUAGUUGUUUAAGCCGCGAGUGCAUUUCUUUCUGUAAGUAAACAGAGCUGUCAACUGCGUGUAUGUGUUAAUGUACUAUCCCAACCUAGCGUUUGUCAAAUUUACCAUUAAGCUUAUAGAAUUCGUUAAAGUUUUAAGUCUAAUUCUACGUCCACAAGUCUUAUGAGAGCAUCGAGAAUAAACAGAAUACCACAACCGAUCUUUGUGCAGUACAUUU